GAACAGGUCCCAAAGGAUCUUGGCCACUGUGUGGACUGUGUGGCUAUGGCUCCAGAACAGCUGGAGAGAGGAGGGGCCCAACACAAGGUCUGAACAGGGCCCUCCGGGGGCUGAGUGUGAAUAGACUACAGGCAGUUUCUGAAAGGGAAGGCAGGACUUGAGUGGGGCUGCCAGGGUCCCUGAGGCUUUAGGCCUGUGGAGUUUGAGUUCCAGUCAUCUGAGCCAGAAACAGGACUGGGUGGAGAUCAGCCAAGGUCCCAGCUGGGCCACCGCACACCCAACCCAGGAGCUCUGGCCCGGGGCUGUGGUUUGACUUCUGAUGGGACAUCAGGGGAACUGGAAAUGCAGAGGAGGGCUGUAGCAGUGAAGAUAGGUGGAGCCCCAGCCUUGGGCUCACACUGCCCUCCCCUGGGCACAAAGAGGCCCCAUGGAGCUCUGGGGAUGGAGCCUUUGGGGACAGAAAAGGGCAGAUGGAAAACCAUUGUCCUGAGAGUACCAACUUGGAGCAGUGCUGAGGCAGGAGGGUUAGAGAGUCCUCUUGGGACAGGGGAGGGCCUGGCAUGGGUGACAGCGUGCCUGCCCUGCCCAUGUGCUACUUCAAAUUCUGAUCUCAUUCACCUUGGGCUGGGCUCUGGGCCUUUGCUCCCCUGGAGGCUUCCCAGACAGAAGUGAGGCCCUCAUAGGCUGUCUGAGGAGUGAAUGGAAAGAGGAAGGGGUGAAGGGGCUGUCUGCCAUCUGACUAUGCAAAUGACCUCUGACUCAUUGCACACCACCUGCCCUCCCCACAGUGGGGUGGGGGCGAGGGAGAGAGCUAUAGGGCACAAAGUCUCACUUCCUCUCUUCUCUGUGGGACCCCGAGUGUGGAUAUCCUUCUCUAUAACUGCUGCCCGGUCUGUGGACAGACUCUCGGGAGAGGCCUCCAGGUCCCAACAUGGGCUCCCACUGCAGGCCCCUGCACCCCCUGUCUCUCCUGGUACAGGCUGCAGCACUAGCAGAGGCCCUGGCCCUAGGUGCCCUGCCUGCCUUCCUGCCCUGUGAGCUCCAGCCCCAUGGCCUGGUGAAUUGCAACUGGCUGUUCCUGAAGUCCGUGCCCCGCUUCUCCCCAGCGGCGCCCCGUGGCAAUGUCACCAGCCUUUCCUUGCUCUCCAACCGCAUCCACCAUCUGCACAACUACGACUUCACCCACUUUACCAGCCUGCGGCGACUCAACCUCAAAUGGAAUUGCCCACCGAUCAGCCUCAGCCCCAUGCACUAUCCCUGCCACAUGACCAUCGAGCCCAACACCUUCCUGGCCCUCCCCACCCUGGAAGAGCUGAACCUGAGUUACAACAGCAUCACCUCGGUGCCUGCCCUGCCCAGCUCCCUGGUGAACCUGACCUUGAGCCACACCAACAUCCUGGUCCUAGACUCCACCAGUCUCUCUGGCCUACGUGCUCUACGCUUCCUUUUCAUGGAUGGCAACUGCUACUACAAGAACCCCUGCAAUCGGGCACUGGAGGUGGCCCCGGGCGCCCUCCUCGGCCUGCGUAACCUCACUCACCUGUCACUCAAGUACAACAACCUCACAGUGGUGCCUCGUAAUCUGCCCCCCAGCCUGGAGUAUCUGCUGUUGUCUUACAACCACAUUGUCAAUCUGACACCUGGGGACCUGGCCAAUCUGACUGAACUGCGUGUUCUUGAUGUGGGUGGGAAUUGUCGCCGCUGUGACCACGCUCGCAACCCCUGUGUGGAGUGUCCUCUGCAUUCUCUCCAUCUGCACCCUAAUACCUUCAGCCACCUGAUCCACCUUGAAGGCCUGGUGUUGAAGGACAGUUCUCUCUACACACUGAACUCCAUGUGGUUCCAAGGUCUGAGCAACCUCUCGGUGCUGGACCUGAGUGAGAACUUCCUCUACGAGUGUAUCACCAAAACCUUAGCCUUCCAGGGCAUGGCACGGCUUAGCAAGCUCAAUCUGUCCUUCAAUUACCGCAAAAGAGUGUCCUUUGCCCAGCUGCGGCUGGCGCCCUCCUUCGGGAGCCUGAUGUCAUUGCAGGAGCUGAACAUGAACGGUAUCUUCUUCCGCUCGCUCAACGAGAAAACGCUCAAGCCGCUGGCGCAUCUGCCCCUGCUCAGGACUCUGAGUCUGCAGAUGAACUUCAUCAACCAGGCCCAGCUCAGCAUCUUCGGCCCCUUCCCCGGCCUGCGCCUGGUGGACCUGUCAGACAACCGCAUCAGCGGAGCGUCAAAGAUGGCGGCCUCCACUGGGGAGCCAGAUGGCGAGGAGCAGGUGCGGCUGUGGUCUGGCGAGCUUACUCCAGCCCCACUAGACAUCCCAAGCUCUAAAGAUUUCAUGCCCAACUGCAAGAGCUUCAAGUUCACCUUGGAUCUGUCUCGGAACAACCUGGUCACCAUUCAGCCAGAGAUGUUUGUCAACCUCUCACGCCUCCAGUGCCUGAGCCUGAGUCAUAACAGCAUCGCACAGGCUGUCAAUGGUUCCCAGUUCCUGCCACUGACCAGUCUGCGGGUUCUGGACCUGUCCUAUAACAAGCUAGACCUGUACCAUGGGCGCUCAUUCACAGAGCUGCCGCGACUGGAAGCCCUGGACCUCAGCUAUAACAGCCAGGCCUUUGGCAUGCAGGGUGUGGGUCACAACCUCAGCUUUGUAGCCCAGCUGCCCACCCUGCGUCACCUCAGCCUGGCGCACAAUGGCAUUCACAGCCGGGUGUCCCCACAGCUCUGCAGCACCUCGCUGCAAUCCUUGGACUUCAGCGGCAAUGCCGUGAGCCGGAUGUGGGCUGAAGGGGACCUCUACCUCCACUUCUUCCAAGGCCUGAGAGGCCUGCUCCGCUUGGACCUGUCCCAGAACCGCCUGCACACGCUCCUGCCCCGUACGCUGGACAGCCUCCCCAAGAGCCUACAGCUUCUGUAUCUCCGUGAUAAUUAUCUGGCCUUCUUCAACUGGAGUGGCCUGGCCCUCCUGCCCAACCUGGAAGCCCUGGACCUGGCAGGAAACCAGCUGAAGGCCUUGUCUAAUGGCAGCCUACCCAAUGGCACACGGCUCCAAAGACUGGAUGUCAGCAGCAACAGCAUCAGCUCAGUGGCACCAGGCUUUUUUGUCCUGGCUUUGGAACUGCGAGAACUCAACCUCAGCAGCAAUGAUCUCAAGACGCUUGAGCCCUCCUGGUUUGGGCCCCUGGCCGGAGCCCUGAAAAUACUCGACGUGCGUGCCAACCCCCUGCAUUGCGCCUGUGGGGCGGCUUUCGUGGACUUCCUACUGGAGGUCCAAACUGCUGUGCCUGGCCUGCCCAGCCAAGUGAGGUGUGGCAGCCCGGGCCAGCUGCAGGACCGGAGCAUCUUCGAGCAGGACCUGCGCCUCUGCCUAGAUGAGGCCCUCUCUUGGGACUGCUUUGGCGUCUCCCUGCUGGCUGUGGCUCUGGCCCUGGUUGUGCCUGUGCUGCAGCAUCUCUGUGGCUGGGACCUCUGGUACUGCUUCCACCUGUGCCUGGCUUGGCUUCCCCGGCGGGGACGGUGCAGUGCCCGUGUCCUGCCCUAUGAUGCCUUUGUGGUCUUUGACAAGGCACAGAGUGCAGUGGCCGACUGGGUGUACAAUGAACUACGGGUUCGGCUAGAGGAGCGCCACGGGCGCCGCGCGCUGCACCUGUGCCUGGAGGAGAGGGACUGGCUGCCCGGCAAGACACUCUUUGAGAACCUCUGGGCCUCCAUCUACAGCAGCCGCAAGACACUCUUUGUGCUGGCCCACACGGACCGGGUCAGCGGUCUCUUGAGGACCAGCUUCCUGCUGGCCCAGCAGCGCCUGCUGGAGGACCGCAAGGACGUCGUGGUGCUGGUGAUCCUGCGGCCCGAUGCUCACCGCUCCCGCUAUGUGCGGUUGCGCCAGCGCCUCUGUCGCCAGAGUGUCCUCUUCUGGCCCCACCAGCCCAGUGGUCAGGGCAGCUUCUGGGCCCAACUGGUCAUAGCCCUGACCAGGGACAACCGCCACUUCUACAACAGAAACUUCUGCCAGGGACCCACGGCUGAAUAG